CUCUCGUUUUUGCCCGGGAGCGCGCGCCCACUCCGCCCAUGCCCUUUUCCUGCUCUCUCUAUGGCUUAAUUCCUCAUUUCGUAGGAAAUUGGAUUAUUAUUUCCCAAAGAAUAUUGCUCAUUUUUUUGUUGCUUGCUAAUUUCCUCUUUCCCUUUUCUCUCCCCUCCCCCUUCAUUGCUUCUGGACUCGCGGAGUAUGACACUGACACUGCGGGACCUGGGCACUUCCAUUUUACGCUAGACUACAGUAUGUUGCCUGGUUGCGGCCUUGGAGGGGGCUCCACUUUAGUUAACAGCGCGCGCAAAUACAAUUCAGGCAACAUCGUGCCCUGUGCCUGGAAAUUCCAGAUGCCGCAGUUCGAGACUCUGACUGUGACUCCGAUGUUGACCGUUCCUUUCCCCUAGUUAAUGGGGCACCGAUAAGCCUAUUCGUGAUGCUUCCGUCGGUCAAGCGUUCGCGACUCCUGCUGCUCCAAGUAAGCAGGCACCCAUACUAGUUCUGCCUAAGCCAUCCACGCCCAUCGAUCACCUGGGCACAUGCCCUGCCAAAAUGACGUCUUGCUCACUUUGAACGAUGACUGGAU